AUGGUUUGUUCUCACUUUUCACCGAAUCCCUUCAAGAAGGAUAUUUGUAAGAAUUGCCAAAAGGGUAAAGCGUCGCAUGCAAAUGUUUCAGUAAUGGUGUCUGCGUCACCCCCAUGUUCCAAUUUUAAAGCGAAUCCCUUUAAAAAUGAUCUUUGUGCAACGUGUCAGCAGUCCAAACAUCUACAUAAUGAAGAUAAAAGGGUUGUCCCCAAUGCGGUGCAAAUAUCUUCAUUAGAAGAAUCAAAUUUGGUUGUUUGUACUGAAUACAAAGAGCAUGCAUUCAAACGGGAUGUCUGUUUAAAUUGUGGUAAAAGGAAAGAGUCACAUUCUUUUUUACGAUCUACGGUGGCUCGAUAUGUUGAUCCCGUUUUGAUUUCCCCACGAGAAAAAAUGACUAAAACGUUCCAUGAACAGUUAGUUCCUGAUUGUGAUUCUACCAAGGCAAUUUCCUUUGAUAUAAAACAAAGUGCUGCAAACGAACUAUACCAAAAUACGUCUGCUUCUCAAAAUUUGGAUGUGUCUCAGAAACAAGAAUCUGCCACGGUUAUGUGCUCAGAUUUUCGUGAACAUGCAUUUAGGCGUAACUAUUGCGUUAAUUGCGGAAAAUUGAGGGAAUUUCACGAAGUUUCGUUACAGAAAUCUUCUCCGUCUAUCAAUACGGAAACUUAUGCUAGUGGGAAACCCCUAUGUAAUCUCGAAAAUGAGGCAAAAACCGCUUGUAUUCAAUUAUUGGCUUAUGAAACCGUUUUACCUGAGGUAAAAUCUAAUGCGGUUUCUGAGGACCCUUCUGUUGGCGAUGAUAAAUCUGGGAAACAGGGAAUACAGAAUGUUCUUACUGCUGUAUGUUCGGAUUUUCGUGAACAUGCAUUUAGGCGCAAUUAUUGCGUUAGCUGCGGGAAGCUGAAGGAGUUUCACAAUAACGUAGCAGAGGUCGGUCUUGACACGCAUAAAGAGACCCUUGCGGGUGCUUGCUUAAUUAAUGAUAUUUAUGUGGAAAAAUCGAGUGAAAGUGAAAAUGAGAUAAUUGUGAAGGAAUCACCUGUCCGUUUGCCACCGAAGGUUCCUUUAGCAGGGACAGCAGAUGAUGAAAGUUCGAGUGAAAGUGAAAAUGAGAUAAUUGUGAAGGAAUCACCUGUUCGUUUACCACGGAAGGUUCCAUUGUCAAGGAUUGCAGAUGAUGAAAGCUCGAGUGAAAGUGAAAGUGAGAUUAUCGUGAAGGUAACACCUGUCCGUUUGUCACCGAAGGUUCCAUUGUCAAGGAUUGCAGAUGAUAAAAAAUCAAGUGAAAGUGAAAAUGAGGUUAAUGUAAAGGAAUCACCUACCCGUUUGACACCGAAGGUUCCAUUGGCAAAGACUGCAGAUGAUGAAAAUGGUGACAGUGAACUUAUUUUGUCAACGAAUUUGCAGAGGACAAGGGUUCCUAAAGAUUUAUUUGAGUAG